AUGGUGUCCUUCUGCUGCGACUCCUGCACCGAUGUGGUCAAAAAGCCCAAGCUCGACCAGCAUUACAACAGUCGAUGCGGCGCUAGCUUCACCUGCUUGGACUGCUCAAAGACCUUCUAUGCGCCGCCAGAGUGGAAGAGCCAUACCUCUUGCAUCAGCGAGGCUCAGAAGUACGAGAGGACAGUAUGGCAGGGAGACAAGAAGAAGGGAGGAAACAAGCAGCAGCAGCAGCAGCAGCGAGCACAGCAGAAUGGCAACGGGGCUGGGCAUGCUAGCAAUGGGGCUACGCCAUCGACCUCGAACGGAGUCCCUGUGAACGCCAGCCAGCAGGCAGAGUCAUCGACGUCGUCGUCGUCGUCAAAGAGGAAGCACGAUGAGGCUGCAGCAGCGAAUGACGGGGUCAGCAAAGCCGACAAGAAGGCCAAAAAGGCAGCUAGAAAGGCGGCGAAGGCAAGCAAUGGUGCAGCAACCGAUUCAAGACCAGCCGAAGCAUCAGCAACUCCAGCUGCCGCUACGUCACUCAGGCAGCGAGUCGUAGCCCUUGCGGCUGGCAAGCAGACGUCGCUGUAUGACCUGCUGGAGUCGCACGCCGGCGAAUCGAAGAAGCUGCAAAAGGAGCUGUUGAAGAGCAUUAUGGUGGGCCAGGACGGAAGCUUGGCAUGGGCGUAG